GGCUAUCCAGACAUGAAUUUGAAUGAUGAUGGCGGCACAGAUGGAAAAAAUUCACACCAUAACACAGGAAACAAAGGAUCUAUGUGCACAGUCAGAGCUGGGUCCAGAAGUCUUCCUCGGUAUCCGCUGGUUAUCAUGUGUUUAGGACUGCUAAACGCUAUUCUGAUGUUAACUGCUAUUGUUAUUGGAAUUUUCUGUGGCAACGUCAGUGAGGAAUCUCAUCCACACCAAAUAACAGCAGAAGCGCUCAUUGUAGAGGUGAAACAACUUCAGAAAAUGCAGACCGAAGCAAUUAAAGCUCAAGAAGAGGCCCAACAAGCAUUAGAGGAACAGCUCAGGAACCAUCAGCAACUAAAACUGCAGUUAGAGCAGAACAAGACAGCCAGUGACAGCUUUCAGAGGCAGCUUGAGAUACUUCAAAUGGAGAAAGCAACACUGCAGUCCAGUACAUCUGAUAUUCGGGGAAAUUGCGGACGAUGCCAGUCAGAGUGGCUCUUGUUUAACACAUCAUGCUACUUCCAUUCUAUAUCAGCAUCCAAUCCUAGAAAGAACUGGACUGACAGCAGGGCGGACUGCAUCAGGCGUGGGGGCGAUCUGGCUGUGAUUGAUAGCUUGGAGGAGCAGCUCAAUCUUUUUGAGUACCUACCCAAACUGGAUAAAAGCAUUCGCCCAUGGUGGAGAAAGCCAGGGACUUGGAUUGGCCUGAUCGAUUUUCAUGGAGAAGGCAGUUGGGUGUGGAUAAAUAAUGUGACACUUCACAAUCAAGGGUACUGGAUACCAGGCCAGCCCAACAACCACGGAGUAGGUGGUCAACGAUGUGGAGCAAUUAUGAACAUUGAGAACCCAAUGGCAACGUGGUAUGAUGCAACCUGCCCAGUUGAAAAGGAAUAUUUAUGUGAAAUGGAACCCAACUAGCUGUGGAGAGCACGGCGGUCUGUAUCCAGGCUGAGUUUUAGUCAACUCAUGAUAUGAUGCUCUUGACUAACACACUGAUGCUUUUCAUGAACACUUUAUUAAUACAACAGAUGUUUUUUUUUAUUCUUAUUGAUGUUUAUUUUCUGUUGCCAUAACUUCUUUUGUCACUGCUUGGUUAAAAUUCUUUUAAAGUUGAUUUAUUCUUAGCAGUGGUGGAAAAAGUAUUGAGAUGUUUUACUCAAGUAAUGAAGUUAAAAAAAAACUCUAUUAAAAGUCCUGCACUGACAAAAUGUUACUCAAGUAAAAGUAGAGAAUUAUUAGCAUUAAAAGGUGGUGAAAGUAUGAAAAGUAAAAGUACUCGUUAUGCAGAAUGACCCCAGUCAGAGGGUUUUAUAUGUAUAUUAUUAUUGGUGUGUUAAUGUAAGCAGUGUUUUAUUGUUAUCACGGCAGGGCUACUUGUAACAAACUAGUUUAAUUUAUAAGCAUGCAUAAUAGGUUUUAAAUUGAUCAAAUGUUUUAACUGUUAAAAUGUGACUUAAAUUUAACUGGUAACUAAAGCUGUCAGAUAACAACUAUAAAUGUCAUGACAUGACAGAGGACUUGUCUUACUGUCUCUGUUAUUCCUGUGACUUGUCCUCUGGCAGCACCAGUCAGUCCAAACUUUUUUUUGUCCAGUACCUGCAAAAGUAAUGACAUUCCCAUCAGCCUCAGGUACACUUUGCAUUUGGGAGUAAUUAGCAAAUGUUAGCAUGCUUAACUUUGUUGGUGAACAUGGCAUUAGCAUUGCAACUGUGUACAUGUUAGUAUGCUGAGACUUUUAUUGUAGUCUUAUUAUGAUGUAACCUUGACAUACAGUGCAUAUACAAAAGAGCUUUGGUUCCUAAAUGUGUUUUUUCUGUGUGUAAAUAAAGUCUGAGUGAAUGAAUUACAAA